CCUCGCUUUCCCCAUUUGAGCAUCUUAGCGGGGACACCCUCAGGCGGAUUCCAGCUGGGCCUCCUCGGAUUUGAGACCCCCGACGAAACCCAAGAGGGGCAAGUCGGCCCCCCGAGGUGGCGGGAGGCAGACCCUGCUUCUGGUUCUGUUAGCACUCCCUGUCCUCCCCCGCUGCCCCGCUCCCUAUGCCUCAGUUUCCCCAUCUUUAACAGACGCAGGAAUAGAUGUGGGACAGGCUGCUUGAACAGGGAGGGGCGUCUAUGGGACAGGCCGGAGGUUCGAGGAUCGGGUGGAAAUCCUCAGGCCAACUCCUAGCGUCCAGGCCCGGGAGACCCCUCCUCCCGCUCCCGGGCUCACGCCGAGCGGCCACGUGACCCGAUUGCUAUGGCACCGGCAGUAACAAUCAGGCCCGCGGCCCCGCCCCUUCUUACCGGACCUCCCCACCCAUCCCCGCCUCCCAGGCCCUGGGGUGGGCCUCCCCCACCCUCCGGGGCCCCGACACUCCCGGAGUCACUCCAGUUUCAGGGUGCUCCGUGGACCGAAGAGCGCUCUAGGACAAGCAAGGGUAAACAGGGACGAAGGUGAGAAAUUGGAGGAUUAGAACAGUGAGGACUGGUUGGCUGGGUAACUUUGGUAGAUUCCUCCUCUCCUGUAAAUGACCACAGAGAAAGACAAUGAAUGAAGUGAAAGAAUGCCUCCGCGGCAUCGAGCAGAAGUACAAGCUCUUCCAGCAGCAGCAGUUCACUUUCAUCGCUGCACUGGAGCACUGCAGGGAGAACGCCCACGACAAGAUCCGACCCAUCUCUAGCAUAGGACAGGUGCAGAGCUACAUGGAGCACCACUGCAACAACUCCACGGACCGGCGGGUUCUGCUCAUGUUCCUGGACAUCUGUUCAGAGCUGAGUAAGCUCUGCCAGCACUUUGAGGCCGUGCACUCUGGCACCCCAGUCACCAACAACCUCCUCGAGAAAUGCAAAACCCUUGUGAGCCAAAGCAAUGACUUAAGCAGCCUCAGAGCAAAAUACCCUCAUGACGUGGUGAACCACCUCAGCUGUGACGAGGCUCGGAACCACUACGGAGGUGUGGUCAGCCUCAUCCCCAUCAUCCUGGACUUAAUGAAAGAAUGGAUCGCCCACUCCGAGAAGUUGCCCCGCAAGGUGCUGCAGCACGUGAGUGAGCCCCAGCUGUGCCAGGAGAGUACCAGGGGAGCCGCUCGUCCUUCCCGGGCCACAGGCACCCAGCUCGGGGCCACUAAAUUCAAGUGUAGACCGCUCACAAAAGGCCGCCUCAAACCCAGGGGGAAAGACAAAGGACGUUCAAAACCACCCUGGAGGCCUCCUGGUGGGAAACUGUAACGCAGCCAGGGAGCCCCAUCGCUCCGUCGGUGGAGAGCUUUGCUAUUUAAUUUGGAUGUUACUGGUUGGUCCUUUUUCAUUGGCACCCACCGUUCUUGCCACUUAUUAACCCCAAAGGGAAUUGGCCAAUACAUUACUAAGACCACCCCCCCACUCUGGCUUUAACUUCUGACGUUUCUGAUUCUACGCAUCCGGCUCUGUGCUGAUGAAGAGGAAACCCACUUAUAGGAGCUGCCCAAACAGGGUGGCAUGGUAGCGGGUCCCAGGAAGGCACUGAACUGUCACCUAGGUCCUCUGUGAGCCACAUCCGGCUCCAGUGCCAGGCCUGUCCCUGCUGUGGGCUGCAGCUUUGCAGUGAGCCAUUUAGCUGGAGACCAUUGCUCCUUGCUCCACCACCAGCCCCAACUGUAGUCAAGGCACACGCUGUCUGCCAGCCAGGGAUGCGCCCCUCCGGGAUGGAGAGGGGGUCAGCGUGUGGAACUCGGUGUGUUUGUUUUUAUUUUUUGAGAUAGAGUCUCGCUGUCUCUCCCAGGCUGGAGUGCCGUGGCGCCAUCUCGGCUCACUGCAACCUCCACCUCCUGGGUUCAAGUGAUUCUCCGGCCUCAGCAUCCUGAGUAGCUGGAAUUACAGGCACCUGCCACCCCGCCUGGCUAAUUUUUGUAUUUUUAGUAGAGACGGGGCUUCACCAUGUUGGCCAGGCUGGUCUUGAACUCCUGACCUCAACUGAUCCGCCCACCCCAGCCUCCCAAAGUGCUGGGAUUACAGGUGUGAGCUACUGUUCCCAGCCAGAUCUCAGUGUAUUUAGUUCUCCAGACCACAGCCAAAGGGGAGUGAACUCACCUUUCCUUCUCAUUUACUUGGGAGAGGGAGACCAUGACAGAAGCCAGAAUUCUGAUUUUGUGGCUCCUGAGCAAGGGCAAUGACCUGGCUUUCACAGCAUCGUCAAACCCCAAACACUGUGAAAUGUGUCCCUGGCUUCUGAGCUUGCCCAAAGUCAUGUCUGACUGUUGGUUUUUCCCUUCGCAGGGGACGACUUAGCUUCUGUAUUGUUGCUUCCUCAGGGGGAGACAGUCGAGAAUAAAAAGUGUUCUACCA